CCAAAGGCCCAGCGAAAUAUUGUGUGUGGAAUCGAACUCUGCGCGCAAUGAGGAAUAGUUAUUGUCAUCAUCUGCGCCACAGUAUUUUCGGGAACAACGGGAAGGCACCAGAGUUGUCGUUAUCGCUGCCCUUCAGGUGCUGGGCAGCUAAAAUCUCGAUCCGGUUAUAAAUCCAGCGACCAGUUCACUGCUUUCGGACAACCAACCAGCAACGUCCAAUGCCUGUUCCAAUAGCAAAGACACCGAAUUAGAAAAGUAACCAACCAUAAGUCGGCGGAGGAGCAAAGUCCGGUGGCCCCACAGACCGUUCGAAAUGGCGCCCUUCAAGCUGAAGUUCCGGAUGGGGAGCUCGCGCAGCACCUCGCAGGAGCACGAUCCAGACCCGCAGGUGAACGAGGCGCUCCUGGGCACCCAGCAGCAGCAGAAUCAGCCGCAGCCCCUGCAGGAGGCGGUGGAGGCCAGCAGCAGCUCCAGUCUCGAUCUGGCGGAUUGCAGUAGUCUCGGCCAGAUGAGCAGCGAGCGCAAGUUGCUGCUGCCGCCCACCAGCAACAGCAUGCGUUUGGGAUACCUUAACCAAAGCCGCACUCCGUGCAUCAACGAAUCACUGACGGAUGCGGAUGCUGACAACGUGCCCACCACCCCACCGCCUUCCUAUGAGCAUGUGCUAGAAGAGAACACUCGGCUGUCCCAGCAUCAGCGGCAGUUAUCCCUGGAUAGCGCUACGCCCAACCAGAACAGCCGACGAAGCUCGGCCAACAGCUCGCGACACAGCGCCGCCCAGCUAGGUGCCGCCUUGGAGCAGCUGGCCGGGAAUGGGGGCGGCAGCAUCUGCAACGACCCGGACUGCAGGCAGAACCUAAACCAGAACUACGCCAGCUGCAGCGCCAGUCACUGCAGCAAUAUAAGCAACGGCAACGGCAACAUUACUAGCAGCCACAGCGGCAGCAACCACAACAAUAACAACGACGGGGAGGAGAUCAUCGAAGGAGUCACCGAGCUGGAGCUGCGCAGCGACAACGAGGAGCAGCUGAGCAUUAACGAAUUUCUCCUCGAAACGGAGAUGGCGGCGUCACCUUCGCGCUGCACGGAUGAGCGGUAUGGCGCAUCGGCGGAGGGCCAGGGGCAAAGUCAGUGCUCGGAUGACCAGUGUGCACAGUGUAGCGAGGAGCGGGAUGGCGAGGGUGCGUGUGAGUCCGCCUACGACGGGGAUGCGGCCAGUACCAGCAGCCAGGCGGCAUCGGCUGCUGCAGUGGGUGGUGGACACAACUUUUACGAUCCCCUCCUGAAUCGAGGCAGCUAUGCCAACUACAACGAAGGUGGGAAUGCGAGUUCUAGUUCCGGCAACCUUCAAGGCCAACUGUGCCAGGACGCAUGCUGCACCGGGUCCGCCUCAGGAUCGACUGCCUCUCGCAGUGGACGGCGGGGCCAGGGUCAGCAGUCGUCCAGUCGGCAGAACAACCUCCUCACGCCCGAAAUGAUGAGCAACAAGACGAGCAAGGAGAUCUACAAGGACCUGGCCAAGCAGUGGGGCAUCACCUGCAAAAUGUCGGAGAGCUGUCGGUGCAUGGACUGUCAGAGUCAUUACUUCGAUUGCGACUACGAUGACAACGAGCACCAAAAGACGGAUGGAGGACUGGGCGCUGGCACGCCCAUGUUCAUUAGCGAGGUGAUGCACGGCUCCGGCUGCAACAUAUUGUAGGGGGAUUCCCGGAAUUCCAAACAAGGAUUUGCUGAACAUCUACAAUUAUUUCUUUGUAUAUCGCAUAAGUCUAUACGGGCGACCGGUUAGGGGCAGGAGCCAUUUCACGUUAUUAGCACUGAAUGUUUGCACAUUAUUUUAAGGUAAUGCUGCACUGAUAUUUGUUUAUUAUAAGGAAUCGGGAAGGAACAUUUGUGUAAUGCCGCCUUAGGGCUUUAAAAGUGGGGAAUUUAUGUCAAAGGUAUAUUUUUGGUGUUAAAAGAAAUCGCGGAGCCGACAUUUUUAACUUGAAGACGAACGAAUAAUGAUAAUUACUGAUAGGCAAUUACCCACCUUGCAGAUGAACAUCUAAAUAUCCUUGAGUGUGUUCUUUUUCUAGGGCCUUUGAUCGCUUGAACAGUGAAUAUUAGACAUUUUUUUGGCUUGACCUCUCGGUUUUUUCCAAAUUACACCCCCCAAAUGGCUUGUCCCUCUCCUCCCUAAAUAUUUAUAUAUUUUUCUAACUGUACAGAAGAAUUGUAGAGGUCAAUGAGCACGACGAACGGCAUUCCUGUGCCAUACGCAAACGGAAUCUUUCCAAGCAACGCUUUUGUAUAAGUGGAGGAGCCGCGGCCGGAGCUCUAGGCGUUUCCAAAACAACUUGCUAGGGUUCUAGGCGGAGUACACGCUACUAGUCAAUGUUAUCCGCAUAAACAAACCACAUAGUUUAAGCAGGUCGGCACUUUUGUGCCUCUUUUGCUAGCCAAAUCGAGAGACGAACGGUUCGGCUAGAGCAAAGAAGAAGCCAUAAACGGGCAAGAGUUAACUCAAUCGAAAUGGGCGUACUUAUCUUAGUUAAAUACGCGAACGAACGAAAGUGCGCAAUCUUAGUCUGAAGGUUUAUAAGGUGCGAGUCGUUGAAUGUUAAGACGAAACUGGUUUCCCCUGACAAAUCUCCUCGGUUUAAUCUUGGAAAUAUCACUCCAAUCAGACAGCAUCGAUACGCAACUAAAGUUGAUUAGAAAUCAAACCACAGGCGAUAACAUAUAGAGAGCGAAACCCGACUAAGUCUGUUAGCUGUUAAAUGGU